CCCGGCGAUUAUGCAAGACAGCGGACCAAUCAGCUCCGCCAGCUUAUGAAUAUUUAUGACCUUGGCUGAGUCAAAGCUUUGAAGCGAGUUUGGGGAGCUCGGCAGCAUCAUGCUUAGACUUUUCAAAGAGACAAACUCCAUUUUCUUAUGAAUGGAAAGUGAAAACCCCUGUUCUGCUUAAAUUGGGUUCCUUCCUGUCCUGAGAAACAGAGACCCCCAAAAGGGAAGCAGAGGAGAGACCCACACCCAGACCCCGCGAGAAGAGAUGACCAUGACCACCAUGCCAGAAAGUCUCAACAGCCCCGUGUCGGGCAAGGCGGUGUUUAUGGAGUUUGGGCCGCCCAACCAGCAAAUGUCUCCUUCUCCCAUGUCCCACGGGCACUACUCCAUGCACUGUUUACACUCGGCGGGCCAUUCGCAGCCCGACGGCGCCUACAGCUCGGCCUCGUCCUUCUCCCGACCGCUGGGCUACCCCUACGUCAACUCGGUCAGCAGCCACGCGUCCAGCCCCUACAUCAGUUCCGUGCAGUCCUACCCGGGCAGCGCCAGCCUCGCCCAGAGCCGCCUGGAGGACCCAGGGGCGGACUCCGAGAAGAGCACGGUGGUGGAAGGCGGUGAAGUGCGCUUCAACGGCAAGGGGAAAAAGAUCCGCAAACCUAGGACGAUUUAUUCCAGUUUGCAGCUGCAGGCUUUGAAUCGGAGGUUCCAGCAAACUCAAUACCUGGCUCUGCCCGAGAGGGCGGAGCUCGCGGCCUCGUUGGGACUCACGCAGACGCAGGUCAAGAUCUGGUUCCAGAACAAGCGCUCCAAGUUCAAGAAGCUGAUGAAGCAGGGCGGGGCGGCGCUGGAGGGGAGUGCUCUGGCCAACGGCCGGGCCCUGUCCGCGGCCUCCCCACCCGUGCCGCCCGGCUGGAACCCCAACUCCUCAUCCGGAAAGGGCUCAGGCAGCAGUGCGGGUUCCUACAUCCCCAGCUACACGUCGUGGUACCCCUCCGCGCACCAAGAAGCUAUGCAGCAACCUCAGCUUAUGUGAGGCUGCCCGCCCGCCAGCACCGCGC